GAGGAAGUCUGUGGAUACUCCUAUUCCACCCCAGGAGGCCACGGCUAGAUAGUGGCAUUAGAGGAAGGGGUGCUAGUGGGCUCCCCGCCCCACAGGAGUGCAAUGGAGAAGAGCAAGAUGGACAAUGCAGUGUAUGUUCCAGUGCUGAGAAGCCCACCUCAGAGGCAACUGGAAGUCUCCCAAGGAGGCGAACUAAGUGGGCAGAGGCCUACAAUGCACCCUGAAGGAUCCUGUACCACCACUGAGGUGCUAUACAUCACUUCUGCAGAGCAGAAGCUGUGGGGUCAGCUCAUGGGGGUCCUGUCUCCAACACUUUGGGAAGUGAAGGCCUCUGUGAGGCUCCAAGGAGAGUCAGGAGUCAUCUCUCUUUUGGGCUCCCGAGAGGUCGUUUCGAGAGCCAAAGAGGCCAUCAGCAAGCUGCUCAUCUUGAUGGGCUCGAUGGCCAAAACCAACCAGAUGGUCCUUCCACAAACUGAGCAGAGAGCAGCUGGUUUUUUUCACCUCAGCAAGGGCCUCAAUCUUUUUCUGUGGGAAGGAGAAGCUUCUAGAUUCAGGGUGGAUGCCAUAGUGAGUAUCAGCCUCAAGGAAGACAUCGGCUGUGGCGAUGCUGUGUUCGUUCAGAGGGUGCCAAACCAGAAUGGGUCUCCCUGCAUUCACUUCAGCAUUUUCCUUUCAUGGCCACAAAUGGUGGAACUUGGAGCAGGUGCAGUGAAGCUGGUGCUGGAGGCUGCGUCCCAGAAAGGUCUCCAGUCUUUGUUGCUGUCCUUCACAGACCCUUUUCCCUCCACGUAUCAAGCAGAGGCCCUGGCUCUAGGAAUUGAGGCCUUCAAGAAGGACUGCCCCACUUCCCCCUUGAAGACCAUUCACUUUGUGUCCAGUGAUAGAGAUGCCGUGGCUGCAUUCUGCAAGGCAUGCGAAGAACGCUGGCCCAUAGGAACCAGUUAUCGGGAUCAGCUGAGAAAUAUGCUGUUGUCCUUGGAACGUGUCAAGACUGAGGUAGUUUCUGGAUACAACACCAAGCAGAAAACAGACGUCGCUGUUGUUCCACUGGUGCUGGAGUCAGAUGGAAUGGGAUGGCACCCACAGUCUCUGGCCACCACACAGAAGGCUUUGAAGAUUGUCCCCCAAGCCAUCAACCUGCAGCCGGAAGAGAUACUUUCAGUGUCCUCCUCAGCCUUCCCUGAGUUUGCUUGUGGAGAACUGUACAUGGUGUGCCUCAAAGGGUCUCAGCUGAGGCCUGAAGGCACUCUUGAGCAAGCGGUUCGCAAAAUGGUAUGGAGCUGCCUCUCUGCCUUUUAUGGGUCCUUCCUGGAAUCCAUUUCAUUCCCUUUCCUAGAGCCCGCAGACCCAGGCCUGGCGGGGAAAGGGGAGUGGUUGCUCAUCAUGCUGGAGGAGAUUGACCGCUUCCUGAAAGAGUUCCCCAACACCUGGAUGAAGCUGGUGCAAAUUGUACACCUGCUGGAGCAGAGCCCCCUUUGCCAGGGAGAAGACCGCAUCACUACUGCUGUAGGGUAUAAAUAUGGCCUAAUGUUGAAUAAACUCGCUUUCCUUUCAGAACUUGUGGGUGUCUGUCACUCAGAGGACCCACUUUUCCUCCAGUACCUGAAAGAGAGUCCAGAUGCCUUUCAGCAGUUCGAGAUGCAACUGAAAGAGAUUGGUUGUGGUAUCCAGAUGUUCUCAUCUUGGGGAAUUUUGAUGCUCAGUGCCAUGAGUCCAUCUGUUGAGCUGUAUGACUUGGGGACGGCAUUCCAGUCCAUGCGGGAAAAGUAUAUGAUGCAUUGUGAGACCAGGAGAGAUGUGAUAGAAGCUCUCCUUGAAGAACUGACUCUUGUGAAUGAGUUCAAAUCCAUCAGGAUCUUCUUCAGGGACAGAAUAUGGUUUGUGGGCCUUUGUGAUGAAACGGCCUCUUUCUUGCACUGCCUCUUCCGAGUGGCCUUUCAGAGACAGGUGGUGAGCCUGGAAUGCUCGGCUGAACCCCUGUGCAGGGCCACCAUUGCAAAAGACAUUUUGAAUCAGGAGAUUCUCAAAUCCGGCACUCUUGUAACCCUUGAAAUGGUCACCAAAUCUCCACCAAUCAUCAGGUUUGGGGGCCGCCGUCACAGAGCGGAGGAAGCAGAGAGGCGCUUUAAAGAGCUGCUCAGUGGCUUCCAAGUCCUUCCGGUCCCUCUCUCAAACUUCCAGUCUCAUUUUGUCAAGGCCCAAUGGGGCAACCUCUUCCACAAUAACUUCUUUUUAGAGCAAGGCCUUCCUUCCGUCUUGGAGAUCUCUGAAGUUGUUCAAGUUGCUGGCCUAGACUUGGGUGAAAUGAAGAAAGCAGAAACACUCUUCCUGAAGCAUGUGUGUGAGAGGACAGUGGAGAUAGCGGAGGAAGUGAAAUGGGCCACCAUGUCUGAGGACUGGAAGAAACUCCUGCGCAGGUUGGGUUCCCACAAGGAAAUCGCCCUUCAUGAGAUGUUGUCUACCCAGGUGACAAUAGUUGGCAUCUGUCCUCAUGUCACUCGGGUACAACAAGCCAUCCAGGAGUAUCUGUGGGACAAUUCUCCGAUGGAAGAAAGGAUAUCAUUUGACAGACCUGAACUAGUCACAGCCCAGCAAAAUCUUCUUCGUAUCACGAGCUGGGAACACCUCAACGUGAGCAUCCAAGUCCUACCCGAUAGCCAGAUUUUAGAUUUGCAAGUGAGUGGCAUCCGAAAAUCUGUGCAGAAAGCCAUACCAGUCAUCACGAAAUAUUUGGAUUCCCUAGUGCUGGGUAAGAUGCCUAUGAGGAAGAAGUCUCUGAGAAAAUACUUUUUCAGAAGUGGAGCAGCUGUGCUGAAGGAAAUAGCCCUCCAGCGGCAUUGCAUGGUUACGAUGCGGAUGCAAGAUACUGUUGAGUGUUCUGGUAGAGCGACCAACAGUCAUGGUGAUGAACAUGGACAGGAGGGAUUGGUUAAGAACCGCCUGUGGGUGAUCGAGGCACUGGGUAGAGAGGACCAUGUGGCCUUAUUGAAACGAGACAUGGUUAGUUUCAUGGCCAAAUUCCGCGAAAGAAACAUCCACAGUGAAGCAAUAGCAACCUUCAGUGACCAGUUCCUCAAAGAACUCUGCAGUAGCACAUCACAUUCAUUUCCCAUUGACCUCUGUCAUGUGAAGGAUGAUGAGCUUCAGGUCUGUGGCAUCCAGGAAGAUGUGGAGAACAUUCUGGAAGCUAUUCGUGCCAAGAUCGAGGAAUACCAGGCUGAGCAGAUAGAAGUCGUGGCUCGGUAUGAGAAAGUGUCGUGCGUCUUUGUAGAAGAAUUCUUGGUUCAUGAGAUGCUCCCAUCUAAUCCUCCUGCAAGCUCCGAAAUCCUUGCUGGAAAUCCAGCAACUGUCAUUUUCAGGGGCCCCCGUCAAAAUGUGGUAGAAUUGGAGAAACGUUUUAAGGAGGUGCUUGGUGGCUUCCAGGUUCUUCCCGUCUCUCUGUCUGAUCUCCAGUCACAGUUUGUCAAGGCACAGUGGGGCAGCCUCUUCCACAAGAACUUCUUCUUGGAACAAGGCAUUGCUGCUCUGUUGGAGGUCUCCGGAGCUAUCCAGGUUUCUGGCCUAGACUUGGGUACAAUCAAGAAGGCGGAAGAGCUCAUUGUGAAGCAUGUGUGUGAGAAGACGAUGGAGAUACCUGAGGAAGUGAAAUGGGCCACUGAGUGUGAGGACUGGCGGAAACUGCUGCGCAAGUUGGAGUCCCACCAGGAAGUAGCUCUUCAUCAUAAUUCAUCCAGCCUGCUGUUUUUGGUUGGCAUCUGUCCCUGUAUCACUCAAGUAGAGCAAUCCGUUAAGGACUUCCUGAAAGACCAUUCUCAAGUGGAGGAACGCUUGAACGUCACCAGGCCAGAACUAGCUUUAGUUGGGGAGAAUCUCUUCCUCAUAAUGGACUGGGAUCAUCUCGAAGUGAACGUUCAGGUCCAGCCAGACAGCCAGAUCUUGUCCCUGAAGGUGAGCGGUAUCCAGAAACACGUGAGGGAAGCCAAAUCGACCAUCAAAACAGACUUGGAUUCCCUUGUGCUUGAGAAGCUGCCGCUGAAGAAGGUGGCUCUAGGUGAAUACUUCUCUGGGGCUGGAGCGGAUACACUGCAUGACAUGGCCCAAGAACAGCAUUGCGUGGCGAGGUUGGAAAUGCAGAGGAGCCCUGGCUGUUGUGAUGGGGUCACGAACACCAAUGGGAAUGAGAAGCAAGGUGUGGCUGAGCUCAGCUGCGCAGUGGUCCACGUGGUCGGCAAACAGAGUGACGUGACCUCGUUCAAGCGAGACGCGGCCGAUUUCCUUGCCAAAUUCCACGAAGAAAUCGUCUGUAGUGCGGAGCUACCGGCCUUCAGUGAUGAGGCUCUCGGUGACCUCUGCAAGAACACCCCCCACCAGUUCCCAGUUGCUGUCUGCCACCUGAGAGAGAAAGUCGUCCGGGUUUGUGGCUCACGAGAAGAUGUCGUAAAGGUCCUGGGAGCCAUAUAUGCUAAGAUAGAAGAAGCCACUCAUGUGAAGAUCGAGAGGGACCAUCAGGACUGGCUGGAGGCCAAGCUCCUCCGCGAGACCAUCCAGUGGCACCGCAUGACCGAUGCUGGCUGGUCCGCCUUUGACAUGGUGACCAACCACCGCCUGGAGAAGGCCUACCGGAAACAGGAAGUGAAGGCGCAGCUGCAGUGGGAGGGACAGGAAAUCCGGAUAAACUUGCUCAAGAAUGAAGCCUUCGUGCCAAGCCGGGGGGCAAAAUUCAAGUUACGGAGGGAAAUCUGCUUGUGGGAUAAGAAUAUUGCCCCUCACUGGGAAGCUAUGGAUCAGUGUCUGGUGAAGAAAGUGGAACUCCAGAGAAGCUCGGAAGAAUAUCAGGAUGUCGUAAAGAAGUUCAAUCAGACCGGUGGUGGCUUCAAAAUCCUAAAAGUAGAGAGAAUCCAGAAUCGCUACCUGUGGGUAUCCUAUUGCUGGAAGCGCAGCUGGAUGGAUAAGAAGAAUCCAGAAGGGGUGCAGAACGAGCGGAUCCUCUACCACGGGACGCGCCCGGAGAACUGGCAUUCCAUCCAAGAGAUUGGAUUCAAGAGUGCCUGCAGGAAAGUGGGCCUCUACGGCCAGGGCAUUUAUUUUGCAAAGGAGGCUGUCCGUUCUGCUUACUACGCCAAGCCUGAUUCCGGCGGGCAGCGGUUCAUGUUCCAGACUCGUGUCCUGAUUGGAGAGUACACGCGGGGGGGAGAAAAGAUGGUCCUCCCCCCCAUGAAGCCAGGGGGGAAGGGCCGCUAUGACAGUCUGGUGGACGUGCUCAGCAAGCCAGCCAUCUUUGUGACUUUUUUUGAUGACCACGCCUACCCCGAAUACCUGAUCACUUUCUGUGGGUCUCCUCCCUGACGGCAGCUGCCGAGGGAGCAGAUGGGACAGAACCGCAGGCAGGCGCUGCUUCUAACCGAACUCGGAAUUUGCAAAGGCGGAAAGUCUUGGCUGGAGCCUGGAAGGGCUUUAAUAUUAAGAUAAUAAAUCUGUUUCCCAAAUGGAAAGAGAAAA